AGAGUUUCCACUGAAGUUACUCCGCGCAAGGAUGUGCGUUUGAGACGUAUGCCAGAUGCAGCUUAUAAUGUGAAUAGCAUUGCUGCAUUCCUCUCGAUCGCUUCGUAUGUUUGGGGCCUUUGUGCGUUUGUGUUGCCUGUGAAUGUGGCGCUCUUCCUCUUUGUUAUGAUUCUGUAUGGAAUAUCAGCAGUAGUAUUUUCUGCGUUGGUAUCAUCGAUCUUCAGAGCACCCAAUACGGUUUUAAAAGGGAGAGUGUUGUCGUGGUGGAAUGUGUUCGAGGAUGGAUCGUUUAAUUUCACUGUUGGAGCUGCUAUAAUAAUGUUGCUUUUUGAUAUUCUAUGGAUGAGUGCGGCAACGUUGUUCUUCGAUUUCUUUUUAAGUGAUCAAGAUUUUACGCUCUUCAAGAUGCCUUUUAGUGGUAAUGUGAGUGUUUCUUGA